UGGUGAAUGGCAACUUUCGAGAGAUAGUUUGAGCAGAGGCUGCAGCUGCUGCUGUGUAACCAGCCCCUGAUGUCAGCCCAUCACCUCCUCCCUCCCCACAGAGGAUAUAAGUGCUGGCUGCCCCUCAUCCUGCCAACACAAUGAUAGCUUCACUGUUCCUCGCCAUCUCCCUCACAGUCUUCAUCUGGGCAGCUUUCCUUCGGAGACGCAGACAGAGUGGCGAGCCUCCCCUGGACUGUGGACUCAUUCCAUGGCUGGGACAUGCGCUGGAGUUUGGGAGUGAUGUGGUUAAAUUCUUCACACGUAUGAAGGCAAAACAUGGGGACAUAUUCACCGUAAGUAACAUUCAGGUCCAGGUUGCUGGGAGGUUUCUGACAGUGCUGCUCGACCCAUAUUCCUAUGAUGGUGUCCUCCUACAGUCCUCCGACAAACUCGAUUUUGGGAAAUAUGCAAAAAUAUUAAUGGAAAGGAUGUUUGAUGUCCAGCUCCCUGAUCAUGAUACUGGUGCGGAGAUGAGAAUCUUACAAACGCACCUACAACACCAGAAUCUACAGCAGCUAACCAGCGUCAUGUUCUACCAUCUUUCCUCUGUUUUAAGCAGUGUGCCAGGGACUACAUGGAGGGAGGAGGGACUGUUACACUUCAGCUAUGGUGUGAUGUUACGAUCUGGGUAUUUAACCCUCUUUGGCUCAGAAUCCAUUCCGUGCAGUAAAGAUGAUCUUAGACAUUCACUGGAUGUUUACAAUGAAUUCAGUAAAGUCGAUCGGCUGCUGAUGAAGAGUGCUCGCGUCCAAUUGUCUGCUAUGGAGAAGAAGGAGCUCAGGCCAGUAAAAGAGAAACUUUGGCAGCUGCUGGACAUAGAAAAACUCUGCAGAAAACCUGGCAGAAGCAAAUGGAUAGAGAGCUAUCAGCGCCACCUACAGGAACUUGGUGUACCUACAACUAUGCAGUGCAGGGCUAUGCUCCUCCAACUGUGGGCCACACAGGGAAACACAGGUCCUGCUGCAUUUUGGCUCCUUCUCUUUCUUCUAAAGAACCAUGAGGCCAUGGCGGCCGUUCAAGCGGAAUUGGAAGACCUGCUAAGAGGCCAUGAGAUGAGACACGCCAUACGCCAGGAGACACUGGACUGCGCCAUUGUGCUCAACAGCGCCUUAGAGGAGUGCCUGCGCCUGACUGCAGCCCCCUUUAUCACACGGGAAGUGCAGGCUGAGCUACCCUUAAAGCUGGCAGAUGGCCGAGAAUACACCCUUAGGAAGGGGGACAGACUUUGCCUCUUCCCCUAUAUCAGUCCACAGAUGGACCCGGAGAUCCACAUGGAGCCACAGAUGUUCCAGUAUGACAGAUUCCUCAAGAUGGACACUACUCAAAAGACCCACAAGACUGGCAGGAGACUUACACACGUCAGCAUGCCCUGGGGAGCUGGCAGUAACAUAUGUGUUGGGAGGUUCCAUGCAAUUAACAGCAUUAAACUGUUUGUCUGGCUAAUGCUUCUCAAUUUCGAAUUUGAACUGAAAAACCCAACAGAACCAUUACCCGAGAUUGACCGAAGCCGAUAUGGAUUUGGUGUUGUCCAACCAGAAGGAGACGUGGUCGUUCGAUACAGAAAGAAAUAUGAGCAAAUAUCUACUGAGUAACCAGAACAUGAGACUUUUCAAGUCAAGAUAGCUGAUAUUGAACCAACAUUGACCCACAAUCCUUCAGAACACAGCAAUUUUUAUGGUCAAAAAAUGUUUUGAUUGGCGGCAGCGCUAUUAGGGUCUUACUAACAGUCAGAUUUAUUAAUAUUUGUUUAUAUGUGUGGGAGCUCAGAUGAUAUAUGCGCACCCUUGAAAACCGUAACUUGGAACGCAGUAUGUCCAGCUGUCACGGAGCAAGCAAUCAGAAGAAACAAGCGGGUAUUACCUCUCAGAUGUCUGUGUUUCUGUUGCAAUCCUGUUCCCCCGGUGUGCUGGGUUCUUUGCAGAUAAUUUGGGCGUGUGUGAAGGUCUGUGCAGUUGCAGGGAGAUCUGCCCCGGCCGGUGGCAUCUCUAGCUGCGUGCUGCAAGUGAAUAAAGUUUUAGUCCCAUAACUACAAGUGACGUGUCACGAUGCCGGCUGGCAGGAGGUGGAUCCUCUGUGCCAGAGAGGGAUGGCGAGGACCGUGCUAGUGGACCGGUUCUAAGACACUACUGGUUUUCACCAGAGCCCGCCGCAAAGCGGGAUGGUCUUGCUGCGGCGGUAGUGACCAGGUCGUAUCCACUAGCAACGGCUCACCUCUCUGGCUGCUGAAGAUAGGCGCGGUACAAGGGAGUAGGCAGAAGCAAGGUCGGACGUAGCAGAAGGUCGGGGCAGGCAGCAAGGAUCGUAGUCAGGGGCAACGGCAGGAGGUCUGGAACACAGGCUAGGAACACACAAGGAACGCUUUCACUGGCACGAUGGCAACAAGAUCCGGCAAGGAAGUGCAGGGGAAGUGAGGUGAUAUAGGGAAGUGCACAGGUGAAGACACUAAUUGGAAUCACUGCGCCAAUCAGCGGCGCAGUGGCCCUUUAAAUCGCAGAGACCCGGCGCGCGCGCACCCUAGGGAGCGGGGCCGCGCGCGCCGGGACAGGACCGAGGGAGAGCGAGUCAGGUACGGGAGCCGGGGUGCGCAUCGCGAGCGGGCGCUACCCGCAUCGCGAAUCGCAUCCCGGCUGGAAGCGGAAUCGCAGCGCCCCGGGUCAGUGGAUCU